AUGGUCAAAUUCUAUCUCAAGAUUUAUGCCACCUUAGAGGGUGUAACCGACGUUGAGCCUGUGGAUACCACCGACUCUCCCCAAGAGUAUAUCUUUACUAUUCAAUGUACAAAGUGUAGAACCACUCAUGAUAAGCCAGUGAACAUCAACCGGUUUGAACAACAUGAAAUUCUGGGAUCUAGAGGAGAGGCCUCGUUUGUGUUCAGAUGUAAGGAAUGUAAAUCUGAGCAUUCUGCAUCUAUCACGAGAACUUCUUCCAAGUUAACUGUUGACGACAAGAAGCCCGUGGCUAUUUUAGAGAUCGAUGCCAGAGGUCUUGAUUUUGAGAAGUUUCAUCCUGAAGGUCGCUAUGAAGCUGUAGGUGCUGAAACAGGCACAAAAUUCACAGACGUAGAUUUAAGUGAUGACGAAUGGUACGAUUACGACGAUAAAGCAGGUGCUGAAGUCAGCAUCACUGAUGUGAAAUGGGAGAUUUCACGUUCAUAG